UUUGUACAGGCCAUAUCUUAUCUGGGGCAGAGAAGCAGAGUUCAGGUUCGCACUCUCCGAUUUAUGCAGCAUUCUUCUCUCAAUCUCUAUUGCUGAGCGAUCAUCCCUAAUUGAUUCAUAGAUCGACAAAUUCAGAAUUCUAGCUUCAGGAGCAAGAAGAAGAAGAGAGGAAAAUGGUGAAAGUGGCCACGUACUUUGCAAUGACAUUAGGAGCCUUCAUAUUCUGGCAGUCUAUGGAGAAGGUUCAUGUCUGGAUUGCCCUUCAUCAAGACGAAAAGAAGGAGAGACUGGAGAAGGAAGCAGAGAUCAGGAGAGUAAGAGAAGAGCUCCUUCGACAAACCAAAGAGAGGGAAGAUACUCUUGCUUAACGUCUCUUCCCUUUGUAUUGACCAUAUGCAUAAUUUAUCACAAAUCUCACGAAUUAAUUCAAGAGUAAACGUAUGUGGUGGCUCCUAAACGAACUUCUCUCUUACACCUGAUAGUCUCUAGUAAGCUUAUCGGAUUUGAUUGUCACUGGCACUUUAUUGUUCGGUUAUAUCAGUCACAACUUGUUUCUAUCAUCAGAACUUAAUGGAACCUGUAAUUUCACCUGUUCUUCAUAAUGUGCCUAAUGCAACUUUACUUGCUUUCGGGUUUAGUCGGAACAAGUAAUAAGAAGUUCACAUUGGUGAUCAUAUUACCCCUUUUAUAAAUAUGCUGUGGAACUUGAGUUUUA